UGUCCUCUGGUGAGCGUGCGUGCGCGCGUUGUGCGGGUCGUGGACAUUCUCCGUGGGAGGGGUCUAGCGAGCCUGUCCCUGUGAUUGACCGGGGAGCAGAAGCAGGCGGGACGCGAGCGGCCACGGAGCGGCGGAGAGGCACUCGGCGAACCGCAUUUCUCAUUCCGCGCUGCUGCCUGAUGGGCGCCCAUUGAAACACAUCAGGUGGGAUUAGAUUCAUCAGCGAGUCGUUAAGUGUUCUGGAGCAGCUCGCAGGCAAGCAAGUGGUAGAUGGCGCUCUGCGUUGUGAUGGGAGUGAAUUGAAGACUUGCGUAUAGCGGCACUUUAAACGCUUGCGGUUAAGCCCAUGGAGAAAGAUGCGUGCAGGUUGGGCUUGCACAAAUACCCAAAGCGCAGAUUUAAAGUGGCUUGCAGUCACAAGGCACGCGACGUAUAAUGAAAGUCAUUUCGGGGAGUUGAAACAUCUUUUUUUACUCUCUCUGUUUUUUUUGUUGCGCGUUUUAGCGACGGGGGCGCGGACGCAUGGGCUCGGCAGAACGGGAAACCCAGCCGCGAGCUCAAAUGGAUGAUCUGGAGCUGUUUUACUGUGAUCAACCCGAUCGGACGGAUGCCCCCUUGGUUGUAAAGGAGCAAAGUAUCAACCCCAUCGGCCGCGGGAAGUUAAUUCAUCCCGGCGGAGGAGAGCGUUCAGCACCACGGACAGAGACCCGGAGAGCCGCGCGGCCAGAGCACGAAACGGAAACAUCUUUCACCUGCAAACACCAAGAUGACGAUGAUGAUGAUGUCCAGCUAAUAGGGAGUAGUCCACAAACAUGCAGUCUGAGUCAGAGCCCCUCAAGUGAACUGUGCGAGGGGGAGGAAGAGGAGGAGGAGGAGGAGGAAGAGGAGGAGGAAGAGGGAGAGGAAGAAGAGGACAUCCCGGAACUUUACUUGAUGUCCGAUGACGACCUCUCCUCCGACGCCUCGGGGAAGUCCGUGGAUUACGGCUUCAUCAUCGCCGUGACGUGCCUGGUGACCGGCAUCUCUCUGGUCGCCAUAUCCUACGCGGUCCCGAGGGACGUCCGGGUGGACCCGGACAGCGUGUCCGCCCGGGAGAUGGAGCGGCUGGAGCGGGAGAAAGCCGCUGUGGGGGCCCAUCUGGACCGGUGCGUCAUAGCGGGACUGUGCCUGCUUACCCUCGGGGGCGUGCUGCUCUCCACCCUGCUCAUGGUCUCCAUGUGGAAAGGAGAGAUGAUGAGGAGGAAGGCGUUCGCUUAUUCCAAACACGCAGCGAAGUUGUACGGGUCGAUCAGUUUGAGGAACGGCUCCAGCCCGACUUGGGGAUCCUGCUCACAUUUGUCAGGGGCUGAUGAGGAUUUAGAAGUGCUCAGCUGAAUUCACGGUCAGGACAAGCGGCAAAGACUCUGAGAAGUGUUCUAGCAAUUCCUACUGAGGCCUGUUUUAUAAUUC